UGUCGCGGUUGCGCCCCGCCCGUCGCCGCCGCCGCCGCCAUGGACAGCGACGAGGAGACGCUGGAAGAGACCGUGGAAGGACAUCUAGACGACGAUGGGUUGCCACAUGGAUUCUGUACGGUCACGUAUUCGUCCACAGAUAGGUUUGAGGGAAACUUUGUUCAUGGAGAAAAGAAUGGCCGUGGCAAGUUCUUCUUCUUUGAUGGAAGCACCCUGGAAGGGUACUACGUUGACGAUGCCCUGCAGGGCCAGGGAAUUUACACGUACGAGGACGGAGUGGUGCUUCACGGCACGUAUGUGGAUGGAGAGCUGAACGGCCCAGCGCAGGAGUAUGACAGCGAUGGGCGACUGAUAUUCAAAGGGCAGUAUAAGGACAACAUCCGACAUGGAGUUUGUUGGAUAUAUUACCCGGACGGAGGCAGCCUCGUAGGAGAAGUGAAUGAAGAAGGAGAGAUGACUGGAGAGAAGAUAGCUUACGUGUACCCUGAUGGAAGGACUGCGUAUUCCGGAAAGUUCAUAGAUGGAGAAAUGAUAGAAGCCAAACUGGCAACUCUGACAUCCUUAGAGGAUGGGAAACCUCAGUUUGAAGUCGUACCAGGCAGCCCGGUGUACAGUUUUGACAAAUCUACUUCAUCCUGCAUUUCUACAAACGCUCUUCUUCCCGAUCCUUACGAGUCAGAGAGGGUGUACGUCGAUGUCUCUCUCAUUUCCAGUGCUGGAGAAGGAUUGUUUUCCAAAAUCGCGGCAGAAGCUCGUACCGUUAUGUCCUUCUACAACGGAGUGAGAAUUACACACCAGGAGGUAGACAGCAGAGACUGGGCCCUCAAUGGGAAUACAAUAUCCCUGGACGACGAAACAGUCAUAGACGUGCCGGAGCCCUACAACCACGCCGCCAAGUACUGUGCCUCGCUGGGGCAUAAGGCCAACCAUUCCUUCACUCCUAACUGCAUCUACGACCCGUUCGUUCACCCUCGGUUCGGGCCCAUCAAGUGUAUCCGUACCAUCCGGGCUGUGGAGAAGGAUGAAGAAUUGACCGUGGCCUACGGAUACGAUCACAACCCUGUGGGGCAGAACGGUCCGGAAGCACCCGAGUGGUACCAGCUGGAACUGAAAGCUUUCCAGGCCGCCCAGCAGAAGUGAAGCGGAGCCUCCUCAGUUCAGCAAACUCAAAAAGAAACUUGGAUCUAUGCACUACCUUUGUACUGAAAACUGGACGAGCAGGGAUUGUUCAUGCCGUUGCAUCAUAACUUUGCAUUCUGUGUUAAGAGAUAAGUUUCUUGCAUACUAACUAGGUUUGACUGUGUUACUCAUAGCAGAUUUAAAAUUAGCUAGCGUCGCACCAGUCUUAUCUGGAGAAAUUAUUUAAUAUUCUAUACGAGACGUGAUAUUCUUUGGUAGCUUCUGCUUUUGCACCAUAUGCAAAGACGCCAAAAGACUAGACAGAAAACUAACAUGGGUAUAUCGUUCACUUUUAGUCGGCAGACUUAGUGUCGCUCUAUCGGCCUAGGCAUUAUUGUGCAACUGCAUUUUGCAUAUAUGCCACUUGUGAUGAUAACAGUAAUAUUUUGAUAUUCUCUAAUAGUAGCAUCAUUUUGCCUUUUUAAACCUUUGAUCUGAAUCUUGCAAUAGAGCAGUUUAUUAGCAUCUAGGAGGCUGGGUUUUAACUCCCCUUUCCUCUUGUCUGAACGUUGUUCUUUCUACGAAUCCUCUUUUGCAGGAGAAAAUCCUUUCUAACUAGCGGAAAGGCUUGUACGUGUACGUGAGAGUGCUGUGCGUCAGUCUCUGUGGCUCUCUAAGUAGCAUAGCGACGUGUCCAACCCUAAUAUUUAUCUGGCCUUUGUGGCUGGCUUAUUUUAUUUAAUUUAUGAUUAUGACACGCAAAUGAAGCUGUUCUUUGCACGAAGAUUAUCCGAGAGGAGAAACGGACCGUCUUUCUGAAGGACUUUGAGAAGUACAGGUUCCGGAAGGCGGGUACAUGAACGGCGUUAGCGUCCGCGAGUCGGUCUGCGUCUUUCCCCCGUUAGGGCGGCCAGCUCUCAAGGCACAAAUGGGUUCUUUUGAAGGAAACGUGCGUACCUGAGGGCAGGCUGCAGAACUCGGUCGAGGAAAGCUGUAUCAGUUGUCCGUGUUCAGUUGGCAAAGAAUAUAGCUGUCGUUAGUAGCGCUCAGAUAGGGAGCGAAUAUGAGCGGAGAUGUCAAACUGAGAUUUCUGCGAAAGCUAGGAAGAUCGUUUCUUGAAAGGCAAACAACUGAACGUUAAAACUUCUCUCGCUGUUCACAGUCAGAAGCAGCAGUCAAUCCGUAGCUUCCUUACAGUCGGCGGCAAGGGUUUGUGAAUAUUUGUCUGCAGGGCUGUGUUUUGGUGUUUUCCAGAGAUAGGGGAGUUGUUCAUUUUGUUCGGAUGCUAUACCGUCUUGCCUAUGCUGUAGAAGAGAGAAAUUACAGUCACUUCGGUCUGGAUGCCGGAGCCCAUCUGGGACUGCGACGUUCUCUUCGGGGCUUAGCAGCUUAGCGACAAGUGAAAUGCGUUUGCGACGCUUUCUCUAAACGUUUGUAGUUUACAAUGUUUGUAUAUAUGUAACAUAGAUGGCUUGGGAAUCAGACCCACCUUUUAUUGCAGCGUUUGGUCGCUUGAACGGUUGCUAGCGUCUGGCUGCCUCAGGAGCCAGCCGUCGGGCCAUUGGCAGAAGUGGAAGAAGGUUGCCACGAGUUCUUUCGGAGAAUCUUGACUUGCGGUAGGAAUUGCGAGCGCAGACCUCAAACCUGGGGCUCUGCUUAUUUCCUGCAACCGACCACAGAGCACUUUUUCCACACUUCUCUGUUGAAGCUUACACAAAAGCUACAGUCUGUGUGCCGGGGAGGGGUGCAGGCACUCCACGGGAUCUUUGAUGCUCUUCCAGCUGCGAGCGGAGCGUGAGCUCCAACGCAGCCGGAGACUCGUGCCGCAGCUCCGCCGCUGGUCGGUCCGAGGCAGCGGAGGCGAUGCCUCCAGGGCUCGACCGAGCGUGCGGAGAGACAGAAUUGAGCCUCACAGGUGAGGGAGAAUUGUCCAAGGGCGGUUGGAGGCACAGCUUCAGCAAAUCGACCUCAGUGAGAAAUCUGUGUUUUUACUGUUGUUUUAAUUUGUUUUUUCCCCCGCUUCCCACAGGUUGUUGUUUUGGAUCGGGGCUGUUUCAGCUUGGCGCUGCGUUGAAGUGCAAGGAAGAGGAGAGGGGCGUUGUAUGUGGCUAUACGCAGCUGUGAGCAGAGGGCAACUCCUUCCACAGUAACCCGCUUUACUUCUCAGUAACCUACUCUGGAUUGCUCACCUCCUAAUGCCAGCUAGGGAACUGUGCUUAAAAGGUUAUGAUCUCUCGAGCUCCUUUGGCUUCUUUGCCGAUCGGUCUGACUCCUCGGCUGUCACCUCUUCACGCAGAGCUGAUUGUUUGGAUAGGUUGGUCUGUCUUCCUCUCGAGUGAAUAUAGAGAGAGGCAGAAGAGAGGGGUGCUCUCAGCACACGGGGUUUGGAGGUAGCAUCGGUGGGUGCGUCGUGAAAUAGGGAAGUCCCCGAAAAGAAGGCACUCGGAUGUCUCCGUGCGUUCUCAAAAGCCCCUGCUUCAGUGCUCACCAAGCCUACGCUCUUGCUCUUGUGUAUGCUUACAGCCAGCUAGCAUGCUGCAGCUUUUGUUUGCGUCAGCUCCGCUGUGGUGUUAUUCUCCACCCUUGGUCCUCCUAUAGAUCCCUUCCUCAGUGUCAGACCUGGGAUAAAAGUUGCGAUUAUAAAGCUGCUUUGGCUCGAUUCAGGACCAAGCCCUUGGGUUCUUCUGUGUUUUGUCUUUCUUUGCGGUCUGUUAUCGUAGAGGUGGAUGGGACGGUUUCUACCACGGAACGGCAAAAGGGCUCGCGGCUGAGCGGGUCCCUCGGGGGUUUCUGGGAGGUGUGUCGUGGCAACCUCAGGUUGAAACACAGGUUAACUACGUAACUCCGAGCGAUGCCUUAAAUUGGUCCACGCAUUUUGCAGCUCAGCUUCCGGGGCUCAUUGGAUAGCGAGACCAGCUUAGCCAAAUUGCUUGCCAGUAGCCUUGCGAGACCCACCAGGGAGCUUGAUUUCAGCUGGAAGCGGAUGAAAUACUUAUUUUGCAAAGCGAUUUGUUUCAGUUAUUGAAUAUCAGUGACUAUUUGUGAAAACACAGGAAGUAAAGAAACUCCACUUCUGAGAGUCUGGCCUGGGUCCUGUUCGGUCGGAGCAGAAGCUGGAAGAAGAGCUCAUAGCUGUCAGCUGAAGCUGGAUGACCGGGAGGAUCACGGUGUACUCUUUGUGACUAGAGGAUGGCUUAAGAGAUUUUAUUACUGCUGCUUUUUUCAGGUACGGGUCGGUUCCCAACUUCCACCUUUAGUCUGCACGCCUGCCGGUGGCUUCUGUACAAUUUGAGGGUCGUUACCCAAGUUCCUUCGUGCGAAGGAGCCCGUAUCAACCUGUGUUAUAGGCCGUUGACCCUCUCUUUGGAGAGGUUAAAGAAAUUAAUUAUUGUUUUGUUGUUUUUUUUUCUCCUGUGGCAGCACUGUGUUUUGUCACCAAGAGCAGGAAAGUUUUUUUUUCGGAGAAGCAGUUAACCUUGGAAAUGAGGAUGUGAGUCAGUUUUAGCUGAGAGCUGCCUGCUGGGUCAUGCCUGUGGGUAACAGGGAGAAGGGCUUAGGCCUAGAGAUGGGUUCUCCUAGCGAGUCUGCUGCUAUUCCGUGACUCUCUGGGAUCUGCUGGAAGACGUAACAUUCCUUCGCAAAUCUGAAAAAGCUUUUUUCCUAUUCUUUGGUAUUAAUCAGAAAAACACCUUAGCCUUCAGAAAUCGAGUCCUGGAAAUACACAUAUAUGGUUCUGCAGCCAUCGGAGCGAUGGUUCUGGUCGCUCUUUGGCUUCAGCAGCUGCGACGAUGCCUUCUGGCACGGGCCUUACUUUUUGUCCCGAGUGCAGCUGAAGGCAGGCAAGAGGUGACUCUCGCCAGUUUCAGGGCAGCUGGGGAUGCGGUGCUCUGCCUACUGAGGCUGUGGAUUUUGGGACUGAUUAGGCAGCUGACUCUAGCUGGGCCUUUCUAGGCGCAGAGCUUUUACUCGUGACGCACGCAGUCGGCAGUGGCUGUGGUUUAUUUCUCAGGGCCGCUGUGUUUCUGGGCUGGCAUGGAAGCAGGCGUGCCGCCAAAGGCUCUCUCGCCCUGUGCCACACGCUGGAAGAGCCGGUGUUCGGUACCGGGAGCCGAGAAGCGGUGGAAAUCCUCACUUGUCCGUUUCCUCCCUGCUUGGCUCUCCGAGCCUCCUGCACUGCUGCGUUGUCCCCAUCGCUGUUUGCAGCUGGCAGGCAGUCGUCCUUUGCUCGAAGCCUGGGCUCGCCGCUUCAGGUGUGCCAGGGCCGUACGGCACGGUGCCUGGCCCGGAAUCGUGCCUCGAUGAUUUCUUUCGGCCUUUCGUAGCAGCGCGCAGCGUGUGGCCAAACGCUGCGGUUGUGAUGAGGUGACGAGUUGUACAGAGCUGUUGCCCACCGCUUCGGUUUCCUCAUGCACAGCAGAAACGCCGAAGCUGCUGUGGGCGUCCGAGGAAUUCACUUCUGAGCAUUUAAAAAAAAAAAAGAAAAUUGCUUUGAAAACAGUGUUGCAGCAGUGUCUCCUUAAGCGCUGGGGUGCUGUGGCCACCGCCGCCUCCUCUCUCUGCGCGCACUGCUUUGUGCCGAGGGCGUGCGGGGGAGCAGCGCGGGCUUGGGAGCAGCUUUGCCUGCGGGUGUACGUGGGCAUCGUGCUCACCUGCGCGUGGGGAGAGCUCGUUCCUUGUGCUGCGUGUACCGCGAACCUGAGGGCUGUAUUUCUGGAACAGUCUCGUAGAGAAUUUGCUUUGUUCUUUUUUUCUCUUUUUUUUUUUCCAACAAGGUGCAAGAUUGAGUGCAUGUUUACUUGCCCCAGAUCAAAGGUUUUGAACACUAAGGUCACUGUCAGCCGAAUGGACUCUCCUCUUGGCGCUCUUCUGUCUUCAGGCAAUCGAAGCUGCUGCCCUUUCUCUCUCAGUUUUACUGUAACUACUGUUGGGUUUUGCUGUUUUCAUUCCCGGGAGAACUCUGUACAAAAAAUUGAAAGCAAUUAAAUGUUCAAGCCAUAACAUCACGAGUGCGGGAAGACCCUCUUCACAAGUUUUAAUGUAUUUAUACGUAAAAGGAUGUUUGUAUGAAAUAUUUUCUGGGUAGAAUGCGUAUUUUACAAGAAAAUAAGUUCCAGUAAGACGAAACAGAGUUGUAAAGGAUGUGUUUUUGUAAGAUGCAACUGUAAUUGGUUACUGAUCAGUAGACUUCUUUUUUUUCUUUAGGGGAGAAGCAACCAGUUAUUGCAAAUUACAAUUGCAAGCGGUCCUUUCUGCUGUUCGGGGAAGUAUUUAUCCAGCAUCCCGUGCGGCUGCCAUAACUCACGGCAACAGGGAGGCCCGUCGCACGUUCAGGACAUAGCUCUGCCCCACACCGGCCCCGUGCAAGCGGGGCCCUCCCUCCUUUCCGCAGUUUCGUCCUGUACAUCUUUUCCUACUGUAACCGUGCUGGGUUGAACUCUCGAGCUCAGAUGCAGACUGAAAUUGUGUGUCGCUCGACGGUUUCUGCGGGGCCUUCUGCCGUUUUAAUACUCUGUAGCCCAUACUUUCUGGGUCUCUCAGUUCUUCAGAACUAAGUGCUAAGGAAUAAUCCUUGGGGUGAGCUUACACGCGUGUUCACAGUUAACCCCGGCGUAUAUAACUUGUAUACAGUACUUGAUAGGUGUUUUAUGACAUUUGUACUCGAACUACGAGCCUUACCGAACAUCUGUAGGUUUAUUCAUGACUUUUAAAAAUGGAUAACUCUAAGAAAGAUGUUUACAUGACUGACGAUUGCCCUUCCUUUGAUGUUACGAAUGAGGUUUUUAUAGUGUGUUUGGGUGUAUGUGCAAGGAAGCAAGACCAACAACAACAAUAAAACGUUUCUGGGGUUUGAAAAAAAGAUAAAAAAACAACACAAACAAACAACACACAGACUCGAGAAACAUUUGUAAUAAGUGAAUUUUAAAGAUCGCUUUAAUUGCGCUACGGAGGCAAUGCAGAUAUUAAAACGUUCAACAGCAA